CAGAUAUCGAUUGUUUAGCAUUUUUAAUGAUGACUUUUUGACCUCUAUAAACCUUAACGUGAUGAGUAAAAGUUUAGUUUCCGCUAUGAGAAUAAUCAAAGAAUUUAACUUUGCAGUGAAGUUAACUUACAGGAGAAGCUCAUCUCUAGAUACAGACACCAUAUAAUACUUUUAUCCUUCCACGCAAUAAAUAUUUUAUGAGUUUUCAAGCAUCGUUUAAUGUUAAAAUUACUAAGCUGUUAAAUUUUUAUUUUUAAGUUUCGUUUCGUGCACCAUUUAAGUCGCGAAUUAUAAUUAAAGUUUCCUAAAUUUGUACAGGAAAAAAGUAUUUUUUUUCUUCUCCUUAAAAUCUCAUUGAAGUCUAAGGAAAGAACGGGAUUUAAAUUUUAUGGAGUAAUGACGUCACGUAUCUGUUAGUCUGUAUUGGGAACGUGACGUCAGAAUUAGUCUCAAUAAUGGUAAUUAUGGUGAUGACGUAAAGCCGGAAGAGUAAAUUUUUUUUCUGUUUAUUUUUAAAUUUAAAAACGGAAAAAGGGGAACGAAAUUUAAAUUAAAACAAAAUCAAAUAUAUAAAACGUUUACCUCAUUCCGACGAUGCAAAAAGAACGAGCGAAAACGUCUCCCCGAUCGAAUCUAGACUGGGGUACAGGUAGAUGACGUCACACAGCUAGCCAUGCAAAGAGUCGUUCCGUGGCAUCAGGAACAGGUUGAAGGCAAAAUGGCUGCAGUGUAUUCGAUCAGAGUAGAAGGCUAAAAUGAACGCUCACGAGAUACCAUGUUUAAGAUGUGGCUCUAUAGUCUAUCAGGUGGAUAAAGUCGGUCCUCUUAAGGAUCUAACGUACUUCCACCACGGAUGUUUCAAGUGUUUGAUAUGUGGAACGAAACUAACUCUGCGUACAUACUUCAACAAUCAGCAGUCGCAAGAGGACAAGGAGGUUUAUUGUCAAGUUCACGUUCCAAAAACUGGACCUGGACAUUUGGAUGGAUUCUCUGUGGGUAUCAAAGCUGCUCUUAACGUACCUAAAACUAAUCAUCUGGUCAACGAUCAGAUUAGAGGUUCUGGUAAGGGUACGUUCGAUGCUGGGGCACUCGGGAUCAAAAGUGCCUUGACCUCUCCCAAAAUCAGCGAUCUAGAGAACAGACAUCGAGAAAAUUUGGCUGGUAAAUUCGAUGCCACCGCCUUACACAUAGCACAUGGUUUAAAUGCUACCAAGUUGAGGAGGAGUAAUGGAUACGAACGAAAAAUCGAUGAAUAUUUGGAUCCGGAAACGCAAAAAACUUUAGAAAUGAGACACAGAAUAGAAGAGGAUGCCCUUUAUCAGCAAUUUGCUCAGAAAAGAGCGGAAGAAGAAAUCCACAUCAACCAAGAAAUUAAAGAAGAAUGGGAGAAAGAGCUUGAGAGAUUAACAAGUAAAUUUCAUAAAGAAUUAAAGACUAACAAGAAGAAAAUAUCUGGUGAAGAUGAGAAGGCUCUCACCAUCCGUCUUCAGAAAGAAAAGGACGAUUUGGAAAGAAAUAUGACUAUUAAAUUAGAUAAGAAAAAAGAAUGUUUAACGAGAAAAUUGUUAGAACAAGAAAGAGCAGCAACCGCUGAGUUAGUCGAUAAACACAGCAUUGAAAUGCUCAAUCUAAUCAAUAACAAGAGAUUAGAGUUAACUGCUACCGAAAGUCCCGAAAAUAAUGGCCAUCAAAAUACCGAAUUGGCUCCUUAUCCUCUGUUUCCUCCUCCACCAAUCCCAACAGUUGUAUCAAAAGUUGAAAUUUACAGUGAUCCUAGCGUCUUCGCGGAAUUAGAUCAAAUUGCUAUCAAUGUGGCUCAAGAAGAUCAGCAAUCUUUUACUGAUCUUGUACGCCAAUUGACAGAAAGUUGCGUUACCGAUGUAGAGAAAGCUAGGACCCUGUUUAGAUGGAUUACAGUUAAAAAUUUAAAUACGAUGCAGUUUGAUGAUAACGUCAAUGCUGACACUCCUAUGGGAAUUCUUCGAGGGAUAAAGCAUGGCACAGAAAGCUAUCACGUGCUUUUCAAGCGCCUUUGCAGUUAUACCGGGUUACAUUGUGUUGUCAUCAAAGGUUAUUCGAAAAGUGCGGGUUAUCAACCUGGUAUACGUUUUGAGGACAGCCGGUUUCGAAAUUCGUGGAAUGCCGUUUUCCUAGCUGGUUCUUGGAGAUUUGUGCAAUGCAAUUGGGGUGCUCGACAUUUGGUAAAUGCCAAGGAGGUCCCCAAGCCCGGAAGUAAAGGGAAAUCAGAUAGUUUAAGAUAUGAAUACGACGAUCAUUACUUUCUAACUGAUCCUAAAGAGUUCAUAUACGAGUUUUAUCCACAAUCACCCGAAUGGCAGUUGCUGGAGCACCCUCUAUCUCUUAAGGAAUUUGAAGAAUUGCCCUUUGUGAGAUCAUUGUUUUUUCGAUACGGCUUAUACUUUCCCGAUUCAAACGUCACUGCGGUACUAUACACGGACAGUACAGGAGCUGCUACUGUACGAAUCGGAAUGCCACCCAAUAUGGCACCCAGUUUGAUCUUCCAUUACAAUCUGAAAUUUUACCACACAGAUUCGGAUAACCAUGAUGGUGUUAGUUUAAAGAGGUUCGUCAUGCAAUCCGUAGCGGGCCACGUAGUGACUUUUCGAGUACACGCUCCCUCACCCGGAGAUCUUCUACUCGAUAUAUUCGCUAAUGCAGUCACACCAAGGGAAUAUCUGACGGGAGAACCCAUGAAAUUCAAGAGCGUUUGCAAGUUUAAAGUAACCUGUAAGGAUCUUCAAACGGUAAUGGUGCCACUACCCGAUUGUGCUAGCGGAGAAUGGGGACCAACUAAAGCAACCAGGUUAUUUGGCAUGGUGCCUCUCACCCACUCGGAUACGCUAGUUUUUUCGGGAAGAGAUAUGGAGAUACAAUUCCGUUUAACUCGACAUCUAACCGAUUUUAUGGCCACCUUACAUAAGAACGGGGUGGAAGAGAGGAAAUUGUCACGUUACGUCACGCACCACACCGAAGGCGACAUCGUAACCUUUCGCAUAACAUUCCCAGAAGAUGGACAAUACGGUAUGGACAUAUACACGCGUGAUAUUAACAUAAGUAACGGUGCACCCGAUCGACAACUUCUCACUCAUUGCUGCAAAUACCUCAUAAACGUAUCGAGAAAAACAUGAUAAAUAACAUUUCUUUUUUGAAGAACCUCGUUAUUUAAUAUAUGCCAAGACGUUAGGUAGGCAUUUUUCAUCCAGUAUUUUGAAAAUCUAUAAACUAAGAACGAAAAAAAAUCCGCAAUUCUUAAAAGUUUCAUAGGUGAUUAUGGUAUUAAUGUAUACGGUUAAUUUAUAUUCUGUUAUACAAAAAAAAAAUAUAAAUAUAUAAAUAUAUAUUCAUAAAGUUUUGUAAAAUUUUAAGAUAAUCAUCAACAAACGUAACGCAUUGUUAUCUUUUUAAAAAUUAUUAUUAUUAUAAUUAUAAUUGAAAAGAAUUUUUUUCGUGAAAAGAAAAGUUAAAAAGAAAAUUGUUCUGUUUGUAAAGAGUUAAUAUUUAUUGGGCUGGUGAUGAAUUGUUAAAUUUACGUUAAUGAUGCGUUAACGUAAAUAACGUGAUGUUUACAAUUAACCAAUCUUAACUCUUGUAACGUAAUUCGAUGUCUUUGAAUAUCAUCACCUCUUUAGGUAACGCACUCGCUUAAGCACGUGGUACUGAGUGACGUCAGUUAUGUUUGCAAUAUCAAAUAGAAUGAUAAAUUCAAAAAAAUGAAAAUUUCUUUAAUAGAAAUUUAAGGAUUAUUCUGCAAUUUUUUAC